AUGAAUUCCCUACCUAUUAAAUUAAUUCCCGCCAGUGGAAGUGGAGCUCUUACACCAGAUUUGAUUGAAUCAAUUAUGUCUCAUGAAAAGGAACAAAUAUAUUGGCAAGUUCAAAAAUGGAAGUUCAAACCAGAUACGAAAAUUGUUUUCUACAGCUAUCUAACUGGAGCGCCAUUGCAAAUAGUCCACUCGGACAGAAUUAACAGUCAGCUUAUUCAUGGAGUAGCGGGAGAGAAGGGUACACAAGCAGUUUUCAAUGUAUGUCACGCAACAUUUGUUGUAUCGCCACAUCCCAAGGUAUCUAAACAACAUUCAUAUUCCCAGUCCCGUUGGAAAAAUUCCUCAGAUGAACAGGGAUGUUGUACAUUCAAUCGUGAUGUGGAUUAUUUGAGUUUUCCGCCGGUUACUGUGACUACUAAUGGCGGCAACAGCAAACACAAAAGCAGUACUAGUAGUGACAUUAGAAAUGUCAAGUAUAUUCGUUCCUUCACAAGUGUAAAAAAUCCAUGGUUAACAAUGUGUUUAGAUGAAACUAUGGGUUUACACAUGACAAUUAAUUCGAGCAAUUCGCAGUUAUCCAGGAACUUGGUGUCGCAAUGUUUUGACUUCAGAAUUCGACCGCAGUCAGAUCGUCUUGUCGCACUUGAAUCGGUUAAAUGCAAUUCGCUUCGAUCUAGAAGAACUCAUGUUUACGUUGGACCCGAUGGCCGUAUUGUCAGCGGUGCAACAGGUCCUUUAACAAUACCCGGGAAAUUGUUUAUGCCUUAUGUAAAGGGAUGUUUAAGGGAUCAGACAAUAUUAUGGAUGUGUACUGGAGUUCAACAAACAUUAAUACCUAACUUGGUUAGAGAGACGAAUCAGAAAGAUGAAGAAGACAAUAUCAGUAAUUGUAAAUUUGAAUUACGUGCAACAGGAGAGAGAAUUUCUGAAGCCUACUGGAGGGUACAUAAAGUAGACAAAUGUGUUAGACGAUUUGAGUCUAUUGCUUGGCCAGGACACUUUCUACGCGUUGCAUCAGAUGUUGUAGAUGCUAUGGGUGGUGGUGGCAUGGACUGUUACUUCAAAAUAAAUCGUGUUCGUUGUAAAGGCUUUAUUCAGUUGUCACCACUUGUGGAUAACAAUAAAACUAUUGGAAUGAAUGAAGAUGGAACUGUAACCCUAUACAAAAAGCAUACAAUGGAAGAAAACUGUCGAUUUUAUCCUGAAGUAAUUAAAUAUGGCUAUCCAAGUUGUCAAGGUCAAUUAUCUAGUGCAGCUGUGACGAAUAAAAAUAUUGAUUUCAGUCCACAUGUCACCUCUGCGAAUAAUGGAAAUUUCAGUGCUGAAAAGGUGGAACAAAUUCAAGACGACUCAAGGGAGCGCUUAGUAGAAUUGACUCAAUCUCAGUGUGAAACAGCCGCGAAUGAUAACGAUUCAGUUCGAAGCACAGUGGGAGAUGAUGCAGAGCCAAAUGAUGAUGGAAUGAGUCAGUCACAGACUUCAGAUAACCAGAAUGAACAGAAGGACAUGAGAGACUCUAGCUGGAAAUUAUCUAUAUUCACGGAGAAAUCGGCUGAGAACUGUAGAAUUGUGUUGGUUGUUUACGGAACAGGUGGAAGCUCUGGUUCUAUAUUAAUUGGCAGAUCAGAUGAUAACAAAGGAUUAUUUCAGACAAAUAGGAUUGACAAUUUCAUGAUUAUUCUGGAAAACAUUGGCUCAAUUUACAAAAUACGUUUAGAAGUGAAUCCAAUUAAUCCAGAUGUCGAUACAGUAUGGGAGGUAGAUAAGGUCAUCAUAGAAAAUGUUACGACGUCUAAGCAGUUGUCAUUUGACUUUUCUGGCCGACCAUUUGGAAAGAGUGCCAACUUCAGUUGUCUAUCUCGAGAACAAGUUACAAGUUUCAUUCAUACCAACAACACCAUCUCAUUAACAGAGAAGCGACAAUCAGCAAGUGAAAUAAAACUGUGUCUUACAAACUAUCGUGUACAACUAGAAUUAUAUCAUGACGAGUCUAAUGAAUGCACUCCGUCGAAUAUUUCUCUGGAGCCAUAUCUCUGCUUAAUUGGACAGUAUGGAGAUUCUGGACGUCGACUGUUGGGUGAAGUUACUUGUGAAGAGUUGGUGAAUGCAGACAGAAAAAAUGUGUGGAUAUUUGAUACAUUGAUUGAAGCUGCUUAUCUUGGAGAAAUGACCAGCUGUUUCCUAGGUCCAGUCGAUGUGGAAAACCAACCAGAGUCAAAAUGUUCUGGGUUGAUGUGCAAUAAAAUAUUAGUGUGGGACACGAAAAAACAAUUAAUUUAUGACUUUCCUUCAGAAAAUUGGCUUCUUCCCAAGACAAAUAUACAGGCACAUGAAGUUCACCUGACAGUCGGUCAAAUACAUUCUAUGGAGGCAUAUGCAGAAAAACGUUGGAAAGAAAUUGAAUCUGGUAAAGUGAAUCAGGUGGACAACCAGUUUGAAGACGUCACUAUAACUGAAACCAAGAUGUCGAAUUUACUACAACAAAGUGAAGACUCUAUUGGAAAAGAAAAUGAAACUGUGACAAACGAAAGGAAUGCUGACGUCAAAGAAUUCAGCAGUGAAAAAUUACUUGGGGAUCUAAACUAUGCAACUGAAGAUGAGUUGAAGAUCAUACGUGAUGCACGACUAUUAGUAUCUACAAUAAUUAGAAAAUCAGAAGCUAAUCUACUAGUUUUUGAAAGUCAGGGUAAGCUAAUUAUGCUCACAGCAGCUUCUAACAUGCAUAAUGUGAUUCUUUUAUUAUCAUAA